GAUUUCUUCUACUUCCCUCCAUUUUCAACCAACCAAACAAACCAAAAGUAGCUAAAAAUCUAUCAAAAUGAGAGCAAUAGCCUCAGCACUUCAAUCUUCACUAUGCUUCUCUCCCCAAACUUCACCUCCAUUAGUCCCACCUUCAAACCCAAACUUAAACAUAGAUCAACAACAAUUAACAUCAAAAUCCAAAAGUAUCCUUAUAAAUCACCCACUCUACUCCCAAACUCACCCAAAUUUGUCUCUCCAAUUCAAAGAGAAAAUUCUCUGCCUUGAAAUCCUCGGUAUCGAUGCUGGCAAGGCUCUAUCUCAUAACCCGUCUCUACAUUCUUCAUCCCUCGAUUCGAUUCAUUCCAUUAUCUCUUUCCUCCAAUCUAAAGGAAUCCACCAAAAAGACUUACCCAGAAUAUUUGGGAUGUGCCCUCAAAUUCUAACCUCCAAUAUCAAAUCUGAGCUUGACCCAGUUUUUGAUUUCCUAUUUUAUGAUCUGGGUGUUCCUGAAUAUAAAUUUAGAAAAGUAAUUAAUAAAUGCCCAAGACUUUUAAUUUCAAGUGUUAGAGACCAACUUAAGCCAGCUCUAUUUUAUCUUAAGAGACUGGGGUUUAAAGAUUAUGAAUCUUUGGCUUAUAAUGAUCCAAUUUUAUUGGUGUCAAAUGUGGAGCAGACAUUAAUCCCUAAAUUGGAGUACUUAAUUGGGUUAGGUUUUAGUAAAGAAGAAGUUGCACAUAUGGUUUUGAGGUGUCCUGCUUUGUUUACUUUUAGUAUUGAGAAUAAUUUUAAGCCUAAACUUGAGUAUUUUCUUGGCGAAAUGAAGGGUAAGUUGGAAGAAUUGAAGGAGUUUCCUCAGUAUUUUGCUUUUAGUUUGGAGAAGAGGAUCAAGCCUAGACAUUUCGAGAUUUCGCAGAGUGGCUUAAAUCUUCCCCUCUCUCUUAUGCUCAAAACCACUGAUGAAGAUUUCAACCAGUUGAUAAGCCGAGGAAAUAAGCUUUCCUAAUCUCUAUAGUUUCUUUUUUCUUUUUUAUCAUUUGUAAGUAAAUUGCCGUAUUUCUAAUAUAUAAACAAGGAAUAAUUAUUUUAUGUUAA